UGUAAAAAUGGAGGUAAACUUUAAUGGAAAGAGAGCAAUCGUAACAGGUGCUGGAAAAGGUAUUGGUCGAGCAAUAACGGUUCAGUUAGUAGCACUAGGAGCAGAGGUAUUUGCCCUUGGUAGAACACAGGCAGACCUAGAUAGCUUGAAGGUCGAGAUUCCCAAUAUCAACACUUAUCAGAUAGACCUGCAAAACUGGGAGAAAACACGAGAAAUAGUAACACAUAAGGGGCCAGUAGAUUUCCUUGUCAACAAUGCAGGUAUCGGAAGAUGGCAACCAUUUCUGGAAAUGAGUAAAGAAAACUUAGACGCUGUAAUGAAUACUAAUUUUAAUGCGACGUUCAACGUUUCACAGGUCGUAGCUAAAGGAAUGGUAGAAAGAGGUCAGGGAGGAUCUAUAGUAAACAUCUCAAGCAUAUCCUCAAAAAGUGUUAUUGACGACAAGUUGCAUUCUGCGUACUGUCCUAGUAAAGCUGCUGUCGAUAUGCUAACUAGAUGUAUGGCAUUAGAACUUGGACCUCAUAAUAUCCGAGUGAACAGCGUAAAUCCUAGUCUUGUUUGGACAGACCUAACAAGAGAGGCUUGGGGGAAACCAGAAAAAGCAGAUCAACUUGAAGUUUUCAGACAAUUGCAUCCACUUGGAAAAUUUAUAGAGAUGGAAGAUGUUGUGAAUACAGUUAUGUUCUUGCUAAGUGACAAAUGUUCAUCCACACACGGAAUUAAUCUAAGGAUAGAUGCAGGAUACGGCGUACGCUAGUUCAUCCAUACAGUAUGUCAACCUUAGAAUAGACGAAGGAUAUUGGGCCGAAUUUUAUUUCAUAUGUAAUGAUGUUGUGACAUAUAGCUGCUAAGCUUCAGCUUUUAUCAAUUUUAGAACUAUGGACUUCUAAGCUAGGAUAAUAGAAAAUAAGGAAUAAUCAAAGCACGAUUUCUUAUUGCUGUUUUACUACGGCUGCAAAACAUAAUUUAAUUAAUAAUGGUUUAUAGAACAUAGAAGAAAUCAUAUUGUACUUGAAACCUAAUACACACGUUCACUAUUUGAAUUAUAUGACAAAUUACGAGUUUGACCCUAAUUUCGAAGUUGACUGGACACGGAAAUAAGAUAGUGCGGCAAUACAAAAAAUUGGACAUUAUUGCAUACCAGAUUUGUGACUUAUUUUAACUUCGACCUUUAUUCGGCUACUUUUUUUUUUGCGUUUACCUCGUGUCUGUAAGUGUUGACACUAAUUCUUGUUGUAGAUUCUAUCAGGUUAUUAAAGAUGAUUUGAA